GUCGUAGUUUCGCCUCUUGAGCUUGGGAUCCACUGCAGCCCCUCAAUUCCUUGUCAGGGGUGAGCUCAGAGUGAGUACAGGAGGCGGGUCCAGCGCGUGAGGGCGAAGCUGGGCAUGAACCUGGAGGGCAGCGGCGGGCGAGGUGGAGAAUUCGGCAUGAGCUCGGUGAGCUGUGGCAACGGGAAACUCCGCCAGUGGCUGAUCGACCAGAUUGACAGCGGCAAGUACCCGGGGCUCGUGUGGGAGAACGAGGAGAAGAGCAUCUUCCGCAUCCCUUGGAAGCACGCGGGCAAGCAGGACUACAACCGCGAGGAGGAUGCGGCACUCUUCAAGGCCUGGGCAUUAUUUAAAGGAAAAUUCCGAGAAGGUAUAGAUAAACCAGACCCUCCUACUUGGAAGACACGGCUCCGCUGUGCUCUGAACAAGAGCAAUGACUUUGAAGAGCUGGUUGAGCGGAGCCAGUUGGACAUCUCUGAUCCCUACAAGGUCUACAGAAUUGUACCUGAGGGAGCCAAAAAAGGAGCAAAGCAGCUCAAUCUGGAAGACCCACAGAUGACCAUGAGCCAUCCCUACCCCAUGACGAAUCCUUACAGCUCACUCCCAGCUCAGCAGGUUCAUAACUACAUGAUGCCACCCCAUGACCGAAGUUGGAGGGAAUAUGUUCCUGAUCAGCCACACCCUGAAAUCUCUUAUCAAUGCCCGGUGACAUUCGGACCCCGAAGCCAUCACUGGCAAGGCCCAACAUGUGAAAAUGGUUGCCAGGUGACAGGAACCUUUUAUGCUUGUGCCCCGCCUGAGUCCCAGGCUCCUGGAAUCCCCAUAGAGCCAAGCAUAAGGUCUGCCGAAGCCUUGGCGCUCUCAGACUGCCGGCUCCACAUCUGCUUGUACUACCGAGAAAUCCUAGUCAAGGAACUGACCACAUCCAGUCCUGAAGGCUGCCGGAUCUCCCACGGUCACACCUAUGAUGCCAGUAACCUGGACCAGGUCCUCUUCCCCUACCCGGAGGACAAUGGGCAGAGGAAAAACAUUGAGAAACUGCUGAGCCACUUAGAAAGGGGUGUAGUCCUCUGGAUGGCCCCCGAUGGACUUUAUGCCAAAAGACUAUGUCAGAGCAGGAUCUACUGGGAUGGGCCUCUGGCACUGUGCAGUGACAGGCCCAACAAACUGGAAAGAGACCAGACGUGCAAACUCUUUGACACACAACAGUUUUUAUCAGAGCUACAAGCAUUUGCUCACCAUGGCCGUCCCCUGCCAAGAUUCCAGAUAACUCUUUGCUUCGGAGAAGAGUUUCCAGAUCCACAGAGGCAAAGGAAGCUCAUCACCGCUCAUGUUGAACCUCUACUAGCCAGACAACUAUAUUACUUCGCUCAACAAAACAGUGGACAUUUCCUGCGGGGCUAUGAUUUACCUGAACACAUUAGCAGUCCAGAGGAUUACCACAGAUCUAUUCGUCAUUCCUCCAUUCAAGAAUGAAAACUGCUUGGUGGGACAGUGGUGAGCGUAUCCAAGAAGGAAAAAUGCCAGAAUACAAGAUUUUGUUUCAUUGUAAAUAUUUGACUUUGAUAAGAAGAGCCAACUUAACUUCCUCUCUUUUCAUUUGAGGAACUUGGGGCUUCAGUGCAGCAUGUGAGCAUCAUAUAAACAACAUCUAUAGAAAGUAUCUGUAGCAAAUUUGACAGAUAAACUUCGAAAAGAAGGAUGGGCUUCAGUGUCUGCUGUAGACUGCCGUCAUUGAUAGUGACUGUGAAAUUUGACCAAAGGGAGUGUUUACAUUUUACUGAAGUGCGGUCUUUGAAUUGAUGUGACAUAUUUCACGCAUGAAGACUGAGAAAACGUGUGUUUCGAUAUUGUCCGAUACUCGAGGGGUGAAAGCAUCCAAGUGUUGUACAACUUCUCAGGGAAAUAAAGACUAAAUUGGAGAGUACAACACCCAUAAGAAAACCAAGUAGGAGAUAGUCUUAUAGAAAAUGCUUGCUGAUAGAAGGAAACAGAAUCUUUAACGCCAGCUCUCAGUGAUUCUUUCUGGCCUCAACCUGCCCUGGGUGUCACCCCAGGGUGGGUUUCCCUGCGUUAUAAAGGUGUGUGCCCUCCUAUUUGUUCUUUGUCUUUGGAUGCCCCUGGAUGCCAUUUAUUAAUUAUGUUUCUACUUCCAUGAGCCAAAAAAGCAUUAGGGUUACCCUAGAUUGGUACAUUUUUGUUGGUUUACCAAUCUAGUCAGAUAGCUUGUUUGUCUUCUUGAUUUUUCCCUCUAUAGAAAUGAUUACAAAAACUGUAUUCUAAGGAAGCAUUCAUAGAGAUCCAAAAAUCUAACUCCUAAAGAUUUUAUUUCUGAGACAGUGACAUUUCCCCUCUUAUCCUGUUUGUUUUGUUUGGCUAUCAGUUAUCCAUGACAACACUAAAGAGAAGAGGCUGGUGUUUUUCAAAUUGGUGAACUCUGUUAGGAAAGAUGAUGACAGCAUUUCACAUAUUUCAUAACUGCAGAUUCAGUGGGCUGUUUUUGCUUAUUGUGUGUAUUAUAUGCUUCCUCAUGCCAUAAAUGGAUUGGCAGGCCUUCGGAUACUUUUUUUGAAUAUGUCUUUUUAUAGAAUCACAAAGAUCUCUGCUUGCUUAAAUGAAGCAGAUCCCUUACUGUUUUUGGUGUUUUGGAAAAGUACAGAUGGUUUACACAGUGAUGCCAUAGUUUUAAUAUUUUGUCAUAGGACAAAAUAAGUGUUAUUACUUCCAGGCUCAGCAAAAAAUUGAUACUGCUCAAAAGCAUUCUGAUACUAAUCUAACCUGUAUAUUUUUUUACAUUCAUUCAACAAAAUGCACCACUUGUGAUAUGUGCACUCAGUCAGAUCUGAAACCAACUGGUCCCAAAAUGCACCCCUUGUAUUAAUCAGACUGCAAUUGUUAUCCAGUUUGGCAACAUUGGAUUGUCUUUUCUUUUUUAAUUGUUUUUAAAAGGGAGUUGUUAGCAUUGAAAUAAUACACAUUAACUACAGAAAACAUAAACAGUGUAUAAGGAUAUAGUAUAUAGAACAUUUCCCUCUCUUUUUUCUCCAGCCCAAAUCCUCCUCCCUACAAGUGUUGUUUCAUUGUCCAACACUUUUCACUUUUCUAAAAUAUUACAUAAGUAAAGAAAAAAAAUCAUGGAGUCUUCUAGCUCUCACUUUUAUGCCUUCCUAUUGUAAUCAAAUAAUACAGAUUUACCUCAUUCCUUGGUAUAAACAAAGGUAUUUCAGUAGCCAUGUCCAGGAAGAACAUGUUGAACAGCAGGUAGUACUUCAUGAACUGCAGUAAUGUAUACAUCUUAUAGAUGCAAAGUAUUUUUGGGGUAUAUUACCCUAAGGGGAAAAUGGACAAGAAAUUAGGAGCUUCUAUAACACAGGCCUCAGAAUGUGACUCUCUUUACUAUAGAUCUCUACCCCCACCUCAGCCCUACAGGGAGACUUGUGGUGUUUGUCCCUGGGAAGUUGUGUCUUUCUCCUAUACUUUCCCAAGUCUCCCUCCCUCCCUCCCUCCCUCCCUCCCUCCCUUCCUUCCUUCCUUCCUUCCUUCCUUCCUUCCUUCCUUCCUUCCUUCCUUCCUUCCUUCCUUCCUUCCUUCCUGUCUUUCUUAUUUCCUGUCUUUCUUAUUUCCUGUCUGUCUUUCUUACUUUCUUCUCUUAGACAGGUACAGAGCAGAGAGAUAGCGAAAGAGACUACAGCAGCAAACUUUUCUUCAAUGCAGUGGGGGCUGGACUCAAAUUUGGGUAGAGCACUAUCCAGGUGAGCUAUUUUGCCAACCGAAAUGUUCUGUUUUAAUUACUAUUGUCAUUAAAGUGCACUAGUAGAGGGCUCUCCAUGAAAUAGGGUGAGGCAUUGUCCUGCUCAUCUUCACACUGUAGAAAGGAAUGGCUGCCUCCUUCCUUGACUAGAUAAAGUGAGAUUAGCAAAUUGUAUAUAUAUUGUUCUCAAGGGAAGAUACUGCAGGAGAGUUUCUUCACUUAUGCUAAAGAGCUUUGGAUUUCAGGAAGAAAUGUACAAGUUUCACUGAUGUAUGUGCUUGACUUAUUUCUUCUUCUUGGGGUUUAUUAAUACUGUGGUAACUAAUAAAUGAACUUGUGUGAUGGACUUGUUUAAAACACAGAUUCUGGAACUUCUUCAGCCAAGGCAAAGUGGGACAGUCACUAUAUAGAGAACUCAGCAAUUAUGUUUGAGUUAGAAAGAAAUGGCUCCACUAGGAAGAAAGAUUCUAAAUCUACAACUGAAUAAAUGACACCAACUCCAGUUGCCACCUAGGCCCAAUUAUUCCUGGGCUCAUGUUUAGAAAAAAAAAGGCCUACAGGGACCAAAGCAUAAACUAGGUUUUAUCCUCAUGUCACUGCAUGUUAAGCCCCAGAGUCGACACAACUCUGGGAGAACUGGUACAGGGUCUAAUGUGGAUUUCUACUUGAAAAGUUGUUCAGUGGUUGAGCAUAGAUUCAGAGAUAGCGAUGCUCCUAUAUUCUCUAUGCUAGUGAGGCUCAAAUUUUUAUAUUAGCUUUUUUUUUUUUUUUUUUUUACUAAAUAUUCUGGCCUAAUGCAAACAUGCUUUCAUUUUUCUUUGAUUGUGUUUCUCCUCUUUACCCAACAACGAAUAUUUUUCUGAAAAUGUUAAGAUUUCUUUAGAUAAGGGCCAGGUGGUGGAGCACCUGGUUAAGUGCACACAUUGUAGUGCACAAAAACCCUGGUUCAAACCCUGAGCCCCAUCUGCAAGGGGAAAGCUUCAGGAGCAGUGAAGUGGUGCUGCAGAUGUCUGUCUCUGUCCCUCUCUAUCUUCCUCUUCCCUCUCUAUUUCUCUCAGUCUCUAUUCAAUAAAUAAAUUCAAAAUAAUCUUUUUCAGGUCUACAUUUUCUUUCUAUAUCUUGCUUUAAUAGUUAGUGACAGACUUGCAUCUAUCUAAAUGCUACAAUAGGGCAGAUCUGUUAAAUGCAUCCUUCUGCAACUUGCUGCUUCACAGUUCUAUCUUUAACUGCCCCAUGUUGAUAUGGGUAGAUUGCAUCCACUCCUUGUUAACUGUUACUGUGUAUUGUCAUUUGAAUACAGUAAAGACCAGUAUUCCUCUUGUUAUUUCCACUGAUUUCAGAAAGGCCUGUGAAGUGUAGCUGAAGGAGAGGGGAAGAAAGAAGAGAUAUGGGAAAUAAAAGAAAGGUGAAAGGCCAAUAGGCCAAUUCUCCUUCAAUAUAAAUACAUAUUUUCUUUGAACUUUGUAAUGGAAUGGAACUACUUGCUGGAAGAGCCCAUGCCUCCUGCUCCCUCAUAUAGUUGAAUAGAACCAGGCAGCUACCUUGACUUUAAUCCAAUUCUUUGUUACUUCUACCUUGUUGCUGAGCUUCUCAAGCAAGAACAUCUCCACAACUUGGUUGAACCUCUUAUGAACAAUGACUAUGCAUAGUCAUGCCAUGAAUUUUGUGUAAACUGUUUUUCAAAGCAUAGUGAUAUUUGUAAUAUUUGAUAUUUUAAGUAGUUGAUAAAUAAAGACUUUUUUUAAAAAAGUAAUCUUUUAUGGACAAUGUAUAUUAUUAAAUACUACCUCUUCCUGAAAGGGUUUUCUUUUUUUUUUUUUUAGGGGGGUAGGGGUGGGAGAGACUACAGCCUGCUUUCUUACUGGCUCUCAUAUAACUCUGGAAUUAGAUCUCAAUGUUUUCAGCUUGUCUUUUGAAAAAGUUUUGUAAAACAUAUCCCAGGAUAU